AUGAGCAGCCGUUGGCCUGAAAUUGGAAGCACUGUAGAGCUUCUGAGGACUCAAGAUGCAGAUCUAGCACUCGUACAUGAGCUCAUGCGCGAGCGGGCAAGAUUGGAACAAGAGUUCGUUGAUGGGCUGCGCGCGCUGGUUGAAAAGCACAAGCCACAUUCGAAGGAAGAGAGCAGGGAAUAUUCAAACGUACUUCUCAGUGCAUUCGAACAAGAAAUUGAGGCUCGCUCGGAUCUCAAUCCGAACCUAGCUGAGCACGCAUCGUUAGGGGCGAAGGAGCUUUCACUCGGUUCUCAACUCGCACAGGCGCUUCUUGCUGCACAAAUGACACACGAAGGCAAAUAUACAAGCUUAUUGGCUUCAAGGGACGAACUAACAGACUGGUUCGAGCGACGACCGUCGUCACCCUGGGAUGUGCGAAUGCCAUUAGCAGAUAUGACAAUCAUACUCAGACAUGGAGAACUCGAAUACCGCCUAAGCGUGCACGAGCAGCGCAAAUGUGCAAGUAGCCUUAACGAGUGGUAUAGAACCAAGCUUCUGGUAUUUUAUCCACGGCAUCUCUUCAACUCUAGUUCUGAGUUCUGUUCAGCUGAUGAUAGAAUCUCACCAUUCGGCCCUGGAGAACACAAAAGCAAUCAUGGCCACCAGAAUAAACGACAUCAUAAAACGUGCAUGGACAUGCAACCAGAUAUAUUCAAUGCAAGUAGCAGCGCAGACAAUUUAAGUCCGUCGAACCAUCGCAUUUUAGUCGAGGCAAGCAAGGAUUUAGAAUCAGCCAGUCAAGCACUCGUUCCAGUACCCUACUACAACUGGUUCUUCGAUGGAGAACCCUCGCCUUUGCACUUUGGCAUCGGUAUUCUUCCCCUCGAUUCCUCUCGUGUUCCUGUUUAUUGGGAGACUUCGCGACACUCCGUACAGCUGGCCGAGCAGAGGGAUAUCCUCAACACUCUUUACCCUAGUGACGUUAAUCUGUUUGAACUUGCGCAGUACUGCCCACUGCUUCCCCUAAACUCACGAGAGUUUGAGCGGCUCAACUCUGCCGGCUUGGUAUCCAAACAAGUGACGCGAAGGCUGAAACCCGAUAUAGGGAACAUCUCUCGGCGUGACUUAAGUGCCCUUUUGGUACCGGAUGAACCCGUCUGGGAACCUCUAGGAUCAGCGCGGCGCAAAGAAUUGCUCAGGAUGGCAAUCGGCAAAAUUGACCCAUGGUGGCUCACAUUUCGUCGCGAUUCGGAAAAAAUUGUGGAAGCUGUCUUGCGGAAAUGGGACUUUGACACGGACAAGCCAAAGUCCAGAGAAAAAUGA